CGUUUUGGUGGAGAUGGUUCCAAAAUCAAUUUCUUGUCUAAAGACAAAGACAUCUUGUGGUACUACGGUGUUAUUAUAUCAACGCCAUAAUCCCAAUAUCGUUUUCAGCUAUCUGUUAAUUUUAUUUCCAUCUAAAAUUUGAAACAAUUUCGUUUUUUUAAUUGAAAAGGUGUUUUGAGCCGACGAUAGACACGGUAUAUAGUUGAACUCAUUUCGCACUUGCAACAAUAGUCAUCCAGGUUACUAGAGACAGCAAUUAAGACCAAUGAAUACCACCGUACCAGUUAAUGAAGAAAUAUCAAGACCUUUGGAAGAAUCAUUGGUAAUAUGCAAGCAGUCGAGCCGACUGAUGCAAAAGAAUCUACAAACUGGAAAGUUAAUGGAUGCCUUUCGAAACUGCAGUAUAAGUCUGGUAGAAAUGAGGAACAACGACCUUUCUCCGAAACAAUAUUACGAAUUGUACAUGUAUACAACAGAAACUCUACGACGGCUUGGUGAUGCCUUACUGGAGACACACCUCAAUGGUACACAUCACUUGAUGGAUCUUUACGAACUUGUACAAUAUGCAGGAAGUGUUCUACCUCGCCUUUAUCUAAUGAUUACAGUUGGAAGCGCAUAUCUGGAAACUCCCAAAGCUCUCGUUAAAGAAAUCAUGAAUGACUUAAUCGAUAUGUGUGCGGGUGUACAGCAUCCUUUACGUGGACUAUUCCUUAGACAUUAUUUAUUGACGCAAACAAGAAAAGGACUUCCACAAGAUCCUGAUCACGAUAAUGCUGAUCCCACGAAAGGAACUCUUAUGGAUUCUGUAAGAUUUUUGCUCUUGAACUUCACGGAAAUGAACAAACUGUGGGUCAGGAUUCAGCAUCUGGGUCCUAUGAAAGAUUAUGUAAGGAGAACUCAAGAACGGAAUGAGCUUAAGGUUCUUGUUGGUCUUAACCUCGUCCGACUCUCGCAGCUCAAUUUUAAUCUGGAUACGUAUAAGAAUGAGAUCCUUCCAGCCAUCGUUGAACAGAUUAUCGAGUGUAGAGAUCCAUUAGCCCAAGAAUACUUAUCCGAGGUUGUUUGUCAAGUUUUUCCAGACGAAAUGCAUUUGGAGACUUUGGAUAUUUACUUUAAUACUAUCAUGAAGCUAAAUAGAGGGGUUAAGCUUACCCCUUUAGUUAUUUGUAUGGUGAACAGACUUACUGCUUAUGUUCAACGCGAAUGCGAAGCCGAGGCUUCUGAUAGAGAAGGUUCCGUAAACCAAACCAUGCAAAAUUUAUCUCUUGAGGACCAAUCUUCUGGCUUUGAAAACAAAAUAUGUCCAGGUGAUAAAGUUAUUUCUCCAAGUUUAGCCAUUCAAGAAGUGCUAUGGACAUACAUUGUGGAUGUUAUAAACGCCCGUAAUGGUAUUGCUUUGGGAGAUAUCGUACAGAUACUCUCAAGUAUCCUUAACUUCUUUUUACAAUGUUACCCUUACCAGACUCAAUAUGCUGACAGAGUGUUUCAGCUUAUAAACGAACGAAUUCUUCAACAGGCAUCUUUUCAAACAGAACUAAAGGAAAAAUCACUUCAAAAGUCACUAUAUUCGAUAUUGGUGCUCCCUAUUGUCUCAUUUCCUUCAUUUUCAUACUGCUUAAAUUUGCCAAACUUUCUCCCUGUUUUCAGAGCGCAGCCAAAUAAUAUUCGUUAUGACAUAGCAAAACUGAUAUUGGACAAAAUUAUUGAGAAGGAGCAAUUGAUCAGCGAUUUGAAAGAUGUUCAAGAGCUUUUUGGGGUUAUAUCUGUCAUAAUAAAAAACAAUGGCAAUGAUACUGUAGAGGAUUUGAAGACGAUAGCUAUAUUGGUACAUUACCUAUAUAAUGAAGACCCUCAAGUUCAAAUCGAAAUUUUGCGCUGCUUGAAGGAUAACUUUGUGCAAGCUGGCGAAAACGUUAAAUACUUACUUCCUGUGGUGGUAAACAAAUGUAUCUUUCUUGCUCGCGAGUUUCGAUUAUUCAAGUGCGUUGACUGGGCUGAAAAAGUUCGUGUCUUAUGGGAUUUCGUUAAUGCUUGUAUCGUCAUUCUUUAUAAUCACGGAGAUUCAGCAGAAUUGUCUCUUGUUCUAUAUCUUUUUGCUGCAGAAAUGGCCGACAUUGAAAACUAUCCGGAUUUCGCUUAUGAAUUCUUCACCCAAGCCUUUACCAUUUAUGAGGAGUCCGCUUUGGAUUCACGCUUACAAUACCAACAAUUACUAAUGAUUACAGGAAAGCUUCAGAAAACUAGAAACUUUUCUGUUGAUGACUAUGAUACAUUGAUUACAAAAUGCACACUUUAUGCAUCAAAAUUGCUCAAGAAACCAGAUCAGUGCAGAGGAAUUCUUCAUGCAAGUCAUUUAUGGUGGCAGAAUGAAACGACCGAAGAGACAGUGAUAUUCAGAGAUCCGAAACGGGUUCUAGAAUGCCUUCAAAAGAGCUUGAAGAUAGCAGAUUCCUGCAUGGAUCAGAUUACCAGCUUAAAACUGUUCAUCAACAUAUUAGAACAAUAUUUUUACUACUAUGAUCAGCGUUGCGAUUCUAUUCUUGCCAAGCAUAUCGGUGGUUUAAUUGAUUUGACCGAGCAAAACAUGCGAUCAUUGCUUGCUUCUUCUCCUAACGAUCUUAUUGCAAAUGAUCCAAAUGCUUAUGCCAGUUCCAUUUGGGAAACAGUGGGUGGUUUCUCAGUUGAUAAUCUGAGAAACCAUUUAGAAAAAACAACAGAUCUAGCUGCAAAGCGGUCGGAAGAUGAACGAUGGGCGAGAAUUUUCAGUACUUAGUAAUUGAAAUAUAUUUUUUAUCAUCUACCGUUUUAGCAAUGAAGUUAGUCCCUUCACAAUUUCUGCUAAAAAAAAAUUUGUAACAUCGAAUUAUAAUUUAAAAUAAAUUUAUUUUUUCUCAAAAAGAGAUUAAAAUAUCAAGCCUGCUCUUAAAGGGAGGACUAACGACAUCAUGAAUGAGCUUUUACUUCUACAGCUUAAUUAGAUUAUUUGGGAAGACAAC